UGUACUGCACGCGAUUGUUUUUUAACCUUAUUUUUCCCCAACAACAUCGCUGUUCUGGGCAAGCCAACCAGCAGACCCUGGCGGAGUCGCGCAUGUGCAGACGAUGGGCCGUCACCUGCUGGUUCUGCACAGACGACCUCCAGUGCUAGUGGCCCUGUAUGAACGCUAUACCUCUCCCUCCACCUGUCCGAGGACCGGGCAGCGACUGGAGAACACGACAGGGCGGACACAUUUGGUGAGAAGCACUGAAGUGAUGUGAGAGGAUCGUCCACUGGGCCUCACAUGGCUGUUCGCACCAUGGACUCCGAGUCAACCCGGUCAUCGCAGCCUCAGUCCAAUCUGGCCAACGCAGGGGGAGGAGCCCUGCUCCCUGGCGGCAAUCUCAGUUCCACACUGGGGCCUCACGGGAAACAUUAUGUCUGUGGCUCUAUUGCUGCUUUUACCAACAUUGUGGUGACGUUUCCCAUCCAGAAGGUUCUGUUCCGACAGCAGCUGCACGGCGUGCUGGCCACCGAGGCGGUGCGGCAGCUCCAGAGCGAUGGACUGAGGAACCUGUAUCGGGGCCUGCUCCCCCCGCUGCUGCAGAAGAGCACCACAGUGGCCAUCAUGUUCGGCCUGUACGAGGACUUCUCCAGGGUCUUACUAGAUCGGGCCCAGGGCAGCGGGAUGCCAGAGCUGGUCACGCGAAGCUUUGCGGCGGCGUUGGCAGGAACAGCUGAGGCUCUCUUGAUGCCCUUUGAGCGCGUGCAGACUCUUCUGCAAGAUCAUCGACACCAUGGCCGCUUCAACAACACCGCACACACCUUUAGGACACUUUUUACCGAGUUUGGUAUCAGAGAGUACUACCGAGGCCUAGUACCCAUCCUUCUCCGUAACGGCCCCAGCAACGUGCUGUUCUUUGGGCUCCGGGGACCAAUCAAGGAGCAGCUACCUGAGGCCACCAGCCGGGCUGGUCACUUGGUCAAUGAUUUUGUCUGUGGGGGGGUCCUGGGGGCCGCCCUGGGUAUCUUAUUCUACCCUUUAAAUGUGGUCAAGUCCAGAGCUCAGUCUCAGGUGGGUGGACCGUUCAAGCCCUGCCGAGAGGUCCUCCUGACGGUGUGGAGAGAGCGAGGGAGAAGCCUGGCCAAGCUCUUCAGAGGGGCGCACCUUAACUACCAUCGCUCCCUGCUCUCCUGGGGCAUCAUCAACGCCACCUACGAACUACUUCUGAAGCUCUUCUGAGAGGACAACCGCACGCCCAGUCUAACAGAAGCCUUGUUAAGCAUUCAACGGCCAGUUGUGAAAAGUCAAAAUCACAGAGCAGCUCACCUGCUGUCUGACUCAGCAAACAGCUCGCUCAUGUGAUCGGGGCCAACAGUCGUGAGGUGACCACAUGUCAGUGUGACUUAGCUAAGUGUUGUAACCAAAACCAGGCUUUAGCCUCCAAACUGCUCGUGCCAGGGUCCAAAUCUUUCUUUGAGAAAACAGCACUUUUACACAUUCAGAUCUUCGUGAAUGAAGGGAUUCCCGAAAGCUUUCACUCCGGAUGCUGCCUCUGAACUGUUUCACAACCAGUAUAAUAAAUGAUUGUUGGCAUUUGA